GAAGCAGUAGGCGUGUUUUAGUGCUGUCAUAUGAAGAAUGGCACCGGGACUGUUUAAAUGCGUCGAGUGUAACGAAGAUGCAAACGAACUGCAUCGAGAUUAUAGCAACGGAAUACUGAAGAUCACCAUAUGUAGUUCAUGCAAGAAGCCCGUUGACAAAUACAUUGAAUAUGAUCCAGUUAUUGUUCUGAUAGAUGCCACUUUAUGCAAAAUCCAGGCCUUUAGACAUAUCCUCUUCAACACUGAGAUCAACAUCCACUGGAAACUGUGUGUGUUCUGUCUGCUGUGUGAGGCGUAUCUGCGCUGGUCCCUCCUGCAGGGGUCCCAGGCCAGCAAUGACCCCGCUGAUAUCAUCCGUUACACUAAAGAGUGGGAGUUUUACUGCAUGUUUGCACUGGCUGCACUGGAGUUGGCCGUGUUCUGCAUAGGUGUGUUGUUCAUUCUCUGGACGGCGCAGCGCUGCUGUGGUUGCUCUCUAGAAUUCACUCCACUGUUGAAGGCACUUCUGCUCUCCAGCUACGGCAAAGUGCUGUUAAUCCCAGCUGUCAUCUGGGAGCACGAUUUCUCCCCGCUCUGCUUCAGCCUAAUACGACUGUUCGUCCUGACCUCCAAUUCACAAGCCAUAAGAGGUGAAUAUCAACUUUUAUGGAGUCCAUACACGUUAAACACACUCACAGGCAGCGGCGUGUGA